UAAUUUUCCAAUCCCAAUGUUUCAUACAUAAACAUUUGAGAAAAAAUCAAUUUAGUGUCUAGAAACUACUGAUGAAAGUGCUUAGGGUUCGUUCGUUUUGUUAAAAAGUGUAUUGUGCAACUUUACAUUUAGUAUUUUAAAAGAAUAUAAUAGUUAAAAUUCAAAAUGAUAUGCCUGGUUUAAUGGAAAAUGAAAGAAAAUGGCUCCUUUGAUGUGCGACACGACAAAGAAGAAUAUAACAUAUAUGGUUUUUUAAACAAUCACCCAGGGGGAAUUAAUUAUUUAAAGCCCUACAAGGAAAAAGAUGUUUCCAAACGGAUGCAAGACACCAAACACUCCAAAGCGGCAUAUUAUUUAUUCCAAGAAUAUAACAAGAAUGGUAAAAGAACGAGUAAGGGACAAGAUGACGAAGACUUAGAAAAACUCGUAAAUUGGAAUGAACCCAUGCUGAGUCAAGUAGGAAAUCUAGGGAUUAAUUAUAAAGAAUGGGUUAUAUCGCCUGUCGACAGAGAACUACGGCUGUUCGGCAAUCCAAUGUUAGAGAACUUAACAAUCACACCUUGGUAUGUUGUGCCCUUAAUAUGGAUACCAGUGAUAAGUUAUUUAAUUAUAUAUGGAUCCGAGAGAUAUAUAAAAUCUACGCAUAAUCCAUCACCCACUGCCAACAUAGUCUUACAUAUAGGUUUAGGAAUUAUAUUAUGGAGUUUUCUAGAAUACUCCCUCCACAGAUGGGUUUUCCAUAUGGAGCCUUCGGGAAAAUCCAAAGUUAUGAUCUAUUUACACUUUGCAAUUCAUGGAUUGCAUCACAAAGUGCCUUUUGACACGAGAAGAUUGGUAUUUCCCCCAGUUCCUGCUGCCAUUAUUGCCGUAGUUUUAUAUAAAAUUGCUGCAGUUUUAAUUCCAGAGUCUGUAUCAAUUUUGACUUUAUCUGGAGCACUUUUAGGAUAUUUAAUAUACGACAUGAUUCACUUUUACUUACAUUAUGGUGCUCCAAAAGAGAACAGCUAUUUUUAUCAUCUGAAGAGGUACCACAAUCAACAUCACUUUGCACAUCACGAUAGCGGUUUUGGAAUCAGUAGUGUGGCUUGGGACAACAUUUUUGGAACCGCUAUUAAGUUAAGAAAACUUAAUAUGAGCAUAAAGUGGUAGAAUACAUUAUUAUAACUGUUAACAAUUCUUUGCCAGUAUUCAUUUUACUUUGUCAUACUUCAUAAUGUGAAAAUAUGGUGUUUCUAUUGUCUGAAGAAGCUUAUAACCACCUCACUGACCAGUGUUUUUAACUAUUUUAUUUUAUAAAAUUUAGAAUAUUUAAUAAAAAAAAGCAACCUAAAUA